GAGGCGGCCCGCGCGCCCCGCCGGCUGGUGGUUGCCGGGGGGUCGGGGUGGGGAGGGGCGGUCUCCCCGCCUGGCGCGGGGCCUGCGGGGCAGCCGUGGCGGCCGCCGGGGACCGCAAGGGGCGGCGCCGAGGAGGAACGGGCCGUCCGCGCGCCGCGCAGGAAGCGCCAAGCAUGCCCCGUGACAACAUGGCCUCCCUGAUCCAGCGCAUCGCCCGCCAGGCGUGCCUCACCUUCCGCGGCGGCCCCAGCGGCUCCGAAGCUCCCGCGCCGGGCUUCCCCGAGAACCUGAGCCAGCUGAAGAGCCUGCUGACCCAGCUGCGCGCCGAGGACCUCAACAUCGCGCCCCGGAAGGCGCUGCCGCAGCCGCUGCCGCGCCACCUCCCGCCGGUCACCUACAUGCACAUCUACGAGACCGAGGGCUUCAGCCUGGGCGUGUUCCUGCUCAAGAGCGGCACGUGCAUCCCCUUGCACGACCACCCGGGCAUGCACGGUAUGCUCAAGGUGCUCUACGGGACGGUACGCAUCAGCUGCAUGGACAAGCUGGACGCGGGUGCGGGGCCGCGGGCGCCACCGCCCGAGCAGCAGUUCGAGCCGCCGCUGCAGCCCCGGGAGCGGGAGGCCGUGCGGCCCGGCGUGCUGCGCUCCCGGGCCGAGUACACCGAGGCCAGCGGGCCCUGCGUGCUCACGCCCCACCGGGACAACCUGCACCAGAUUGAUGCGGUGGACGGGCCCGCCGCCUUCCUGGACAUCCUGGCCCCACCCUACGACCCGGACGACGGCCGGGACUGCCACUAUUACCGUGUGCUGGAGCCCAUCAGGCCCAAGGAGGCCUCCAGCUCGGCCUGCGACCUGCCCCGAGAAGUGUGGCUCCUGGAGACCCCACAGGCCGAUGACUUCUGGUGCGAGGGAGAGCCCUAUCCAGGCCCCAAGGUUCUACCUUGAAGUGCCCGCUGCCCAGCAACUGUGGGCCAAAGAUGUGCCCUGCCUUGCUCAAGAAAGGCCUGGCUGCCUGCGACCUGCCAUAAGGGCUCCUCUCUCUGUCCCCUCUCCUGAGCGAUGGAUCGAUCUACUGGAGUGACCAGCGCCUCAUCUUGGGCAACCUUGGGGAGCACGGCCCACUGGAGUACAGCCACCGGGCACGGUUAGGGGGGCGGGUGGGGGGGAGGCUAGGUUGCUUCCUGGUACUGUCACUGCCACCAAGGUUUUGAUUGAAGGGAGUGGGGCAGGGGACCCUACAGCGCUUCCAUACUAAAGCCAUAAUGAAAAUAUCCUUGUUUCUCAUUCUCUACAAAAUACACUAAAUGGUUUUGAAGCUCUCCUCCCUUUGGUGACUAAGAUCUGUUUUCUCUCCUGCCCAUUGGACCUUUUGUUACUUGAUAAUUUAUUACUGAUUGUGCAUGACCUUGAAUUGUUUUUUAGUUCAGGCCAUUGGUAAAAAAAAAAAAAAAAAGAAACAAAAACCAAACAAAACUGAGUUUCUAAAGUGAGCAGAUCUGAAAAGAUACCUUUCCCCGCACUGGGGUCCAUUCUCUCAACUCUGCGUGGGGAGGACGAUUUCUUUCCUCCCCUGGCCUAGUAGCCACAUUUGGUGUUCUCAGGUAGCCUUUAGUAAGAAGCUGACACAUGUGAAUUCCCUGAGGCCAGGACCUUAGAGCUCGCCUUCCCCUGGAGUCUCCAGAUCUGUCAGCAAAACCGUUUUGCUGUUGGGGGAAUCACCUUGAAAGCAAAGACUGUUUUAUCCUCGAGUGACUUUUUUCUUAAUGUACUUCAAAGGUGAUACAGUGGAUUCAGAGGAGCUGAAUCUGUUGUGCUUCCAAAUAACUGAAUGUAAGGCCCCCUGGCCACCUGCUGAAUUCCAUACUAUUUACUUCCAGCAUCUUCCAGCAUCCACCUGGACUUUGACUUUAAUUUUUUUUUUUUUUUUUUUUUUGCAUUCUCCCAGGAACCCUGCUGAGGGCUGUGGUUCCAGCUCUGUUGCUGGGUUUAGUAUCCCAGCCCUCCCUUAAACAAGAGCCACUGAUGGCUACUGAUGGCCCUUCCUGUAGGAAGAGGUAGAAGACAUGUAGUACCCUGGGAAGGGUUCUGAAUGUAGGCUGCCUGCCAAGCAGGCAAGAAGCUCAGUCCUCAGCACUACAUAAACCAAGUGUGGCACACACAUAACUCCAGCAUUUAGGAAGUAGAGACAGGAGGAUUAGAAGUUCAAGGUCAGCCUUGGCUACAUAGUGAAUUUGAGAGGAGUUUUGAAUACAUGAGACACUAACAUAAAUGUGUGUGUGUGUGUGUGUGUGUGUGUGUGUACACACAUGUAUAAUGGAUACUUGGGAUAGACAAUUGAGAAUUUAGCCAUUUUAGGGCACCAAGAUCAGAGAUUAAACCCUUGUGCCAACUCUUGCAACAAACACUAGCAGCUCUCUGCAGCAUUAUCACCGGCUAAGUACCUUUACCUCGUUUACAGAUGUGUUGACAACGUAGCUUCUGGCCAUGGAGCACUGGUUCUCCCUUUUUACUGUUUAUAGGGUUCCUUUUUAUCACAGGCCUUUUCAUAAAGACAAACUGAGAAAUGAAAGGUGUCCAGCUGUCUUCUAAGCCCUCUUGAUUGCUCAUGUGGCAAUAGAAGUCUAAUAUCUGUAAUAAAUGGACACUUACUAUCAAGGGUGGCUAGUGUUUGUUGACCUGGUAGGGAAACUGCCUUUGACCCCACGUAUCCAGGUUACACAGACCCAGGCUGACGGCCUGUUUGUUCCCAGUCAUCAAAGCGGUCCAAAAAAGCAAAUCAUUGAUGAUGUGGCUUGUGUUUUUUUUUUUUUUUUUUUUUUGGUUUGUUUGUUUGUUUUAAUAAAAAUGGAAACAACAGGCCAGUGAAACCCGGUUGUAAAUCUGACACAGGUACACCACCAAGCACUUCCACCAGGCCUGCUAGAGUCGGGUUGCCUCCCAUCUAGGUGUUUAAAACGUCUGUGGAUCCCUGGGAAGCAGCCCUCUGAGCCAUUCCUUUGGAAGUCUAGAUAGUAAGUGAUGGUUUUAAACUUGACGGUUGUUUUUUCAUAGACUAGCAAUGAGUGUAGGUUUUCAGCUACAUACAGUUUUUGAAUGGUAGUAAAGGUUGAUUUUUUUUGAAUGGUAGCAAAGGUUGAUUCUUUUACAAAGAUUGUUCAGUCGUGUGUAUGUUACAGGGUACUUUGAGGUACUUUAAGCUAGCCUGUAAGAACCUAGCCUGGAACUAGGCUAGUAAUAAAAGUUAUUAUGAAAGCCUCAAUUGCAAAGAAGGAGGGGAAUGUUAAAGGUCUGUUAUAAGCAAUCUGGAAGGAAAAAACUAAGGUGCUCUUCAAAAGAAUAACUGAAAUUGUUCUGGGCUAAAACAGCAAUACUGUUCCUCAUCCGUUCAAUAAGAACAGUGGAACUGUUGUCUCACUAAUACGUUGAGUAAACUUAGGGUGAAAACAGUGUAACUUGUUUUAAUGAGGCACUGUGGAAAGAAUAUGCUCAUUACCAAGAUAAAAUGUGCAAGAAAAUCUUUGCACUUCUAUGCAUAAACUCUUAGCUGUAACUGCUGCCAUUGUGUUUCCACAUAGGUCUACACUAGAUUGUGGUCUAGAAACUGGGAUAAAAGUUUCUUUCUCCUUUCCUUCGGGAAGACCAAUGAGCACAAUGGUAUUAGUCACUUAAGUUUUCUGAUGAAUAAUAAAUGCAAUAACUGCAGCUCAUGGAUGAGAAUCUGUCUGUCUGUCUAAAUACUCUGAAGCUUUUAAAUUUCAUAGUUAUAUCAGUGACCACUUAUAUUGAUGUAAGAUUUUUCUUACCUUCCUACUCCUUUGAGAAUUGAUGGGUUAAAUACCAAAUGCUGCUGAUUAAAUGAAAAAGCCUGCCUUUUAAGUAAUAAUGUGUUUUCUCAGUAAGAGUGAGUUCUCUGACUUUUUAACAUGACUAGAGUCUCACUAUCAAAAUCACACCUUUCCUUCUCCCUCUGCAUUGUCUUGUAGUUUCCUCGAUCUUGACAUCUGGGGAGGACUUUGCCCACUCCUAUUACAAAUGAGCCCUCUGCUUUAGCUCUCCUGCCCAGCAGAGAAGCAAUGCAUCCCCACUUCAGACCUCUGCCUUUGCCGUUCAACUAUCCUGACAGCAUUUACUCCUAGACCUGCAGUCCUGAAGUCAGAGCUUAGGGUUACACAGAUGUUCCAAAUGCUCAUUGGUCUAUUGCAUUGAGGUUUCUGCUGUCAAAGAAAGAUAAUUUGUUAAUGAUAACCCAAGCUUUAAAUGCAGGGGUGUUUACGUUUCUGAGUAAAAUCUGUGUACUUACGGGAAAUAAAGGCAUGUUUAAAAUGA